UUUGUUUGCGCUUUGACAGUUUGACACGCUCCGAUCUCGUAAAACAAAAAUUUUGUUAUAAUAAAAGGUUUACGUGAUAAAAAGGAUUAAUUAGUUAUAAUUUAGUAUAUUUAAGUUAAUCAUAUUGAACAUAUUUAUUAACUAUAAUGGCAGAUGUUUUGGAUAUUGAAAAUUCAGAGGAAUUUGAAGUCGACGAAGAUGGAGAGCAGGGAAUCGCUCGUCUGAAGGAAAAGGCGCGAAAACGUAAAGGUCGUGGUUUCGGAUCUGAAGGUGGUGGACAAGCUGAGAGGGGAAAUAGGGGAAGAUAUGACAGUUUAGCCCCAGAAGGUGACGGUAACACACCAGGACCACAGAGAUCAGUGGAAGGUUGGAUUUUAUUUGUCAGUAAUGUACACGAAGAAGCGCAGGAGGAAGAUAUUCAGAAUCAAUUCUCAGAAUUUGGAGAGAUUAAAAACAUACAUUUAAAUCUGGAUCGUCGUACCGGUUUCCUCAAAGGAUAUGCGCUAGUUGAAUAUGAAACAUACAAGCAAGCAGCUAGUGCACGCGAAGCCCUAGAUGGGGCUGAUAUCUUGGGACAAUCAAUUUCAGUGGAUUGGUGCUUCGUUAAAGGCCCCACAAAGGGGCACAAGAAGCGACGAUAGUUCUAGUGUAACAGUAUAUUUAUAUUCCAAGAGUAUGUGUUUUAUAUUUAAAUAAAAAUUCUGACCGUC